AUGGAGCAAUAUUUUUCUCUAUCUUUGAAUGUUGCCCUCAACGUUUGGAGCAUCGCCGUUGAUCAAUAUAAUACAAAUUAUUUCCCUCUAGAGUUUCAACAAACAAGACUGACUGGCAUUUUUAAAAGAGAAGAAAAAAAAAUAUCAGGCUGGCUUAUCCUCGGGGCCUCCACACCCCUCGCCGCUCACUCCAUGGCCGCCACUGUCGCCCCACCGGCGGCCCCGCCGCCCACCUCCGCCACCAUCCGCUCCCUCACCGCCGCGGGGAACCACGCCGCCGCCCUCCGCGCGCUCUCCUCCCUCUCGGCCUCCUCCGCGCAGCUCGACCACUUCGCGCUCCCGCCGGCCAUCAAGUCCGCGGCCGCGCUCCGGGACGCCCGCGCCGCGCGCUCUCUCCACGCGGCCGCCCUCCGCCGCGCGCUCCUCCACCGCCCCUCCCCCGCCGUCGGCAAUGCGCUCCUCACCGCCUACGCGCGCUGCGGCGACCUCGACGCCGCCCUCGCGCUCUUCGCCGCCACGCCGACGGAGCUCCGCGACGCCGUGUCCUACAACUCGCUCAUCUCCGCGCUCUGCCUGUUCCGGCAGUGGGAGCGCGCGCUCGACGCCCUCCGGGACAUGCUCGCCGAGGGCCGCCACGACGUCAGCUCCUUCACCCUCGUCAGCGUCCUGCUCGCCUGCUCCCACCUCCCCGGCGACGACGGCCGCCGCCUCGGCCGCGAGGCCCACGCCUUCGCGCUCAAGCGCGGCUUCCUCGACGAGGGCCGCGAGCGCUUCCCCUUCAACGCGCUGCUCUCCAUGUACGCCCGCCUCGGCCUCGUCGACGACGCGCAGUCUCUCUUCCGCACCACCGCGGCCGCUUUCUCCCCCGGCGGCGGCGACGUCGUCACGUGGAACACCAUGAUCAGCCUGCUCGUGCAGGGCGGCCGGUGCGCCGAGGCCGUCGAGGUGCUCUACGAUAUGGUGUCUCUCGGCGUGCGGCCCGACGGCGUGACGUUCGCGAGCGCGCUCCCGGCGUGCUCGCGGCUGGAGAUGCUCGCCCUCGGCAGGGAGAUGCACGCCGUCGUCCUCAAGGACGCCGACCUCGCCGCCAACUCGUUCGUGGCGAGCGCGCUGGUGGACAUGUACGCCGGCAACGAGAAGGUGGCGAACGCCCGGAGGGUGUUCGACAUGGUGCCGGAGCCCGGCCGGCAGCUGGGCAUGUGGAACGCCAUGAUCUGCGGGUACGCGCAGGCUGGCAUGGACGAGGAGGCGCUCGAUCUCUUCUCGCGGAUGGAGGCCGAGGCCGGGUGCGCGCCGAGCGAGACCACCAUGUCCGGCGUGCUCCCGGCCUGCGCGCGCUCCGAGGGGUUCGCCGGCAAGGAGGCCAUGCACGGGUACGUGGUGAAGCGCGGCAUGGCGGGCAACCGGUUCGUGCAGAACGCGCUCAUGGACAUGUACGCGCGGCUCGGCGAGAUGGACGUGGCGCGCCGCAUCUUCGCCAUGAUCGACCCCCGCGACGUCGUGUCCUGGAACACCCUCAUCACCGGCUGCGUCGUGCAGGGGCACGUCGCCGAGGCGUUCCAGCUCGUCACGGAGAUGCAGCUGCCAUCACCAUCACCAUCAUCAUCAUCAUCAUCGUCGUCAACGGAAGAAGGAGAAGCGCAUAGGUGCAUGCCGAACAACAUCACGCUGAUGACGCUCCUGCCGGGGUGCGCGGCGCUGGCGGCGCCGGCGAGGGGGAAGGAGAUCCACGGGUACGCGGUGAGGCACGCGCUGGAGUCGGACAUCGCCGUGGGGAGCGCGCUGGUGGACAUGUACGCCAAGUGCGGCUGCCUGGCGGCGUCGAGGGCGGUGUUCGACCGGCUGCCGAGGAGGAACGUCAUCACCUGGAACGUCCUCAUCAUGGCCUACGGGAUGCACGGGCUCGGCGACGAGGCCGUGGCGCUCUUCGACGAGAUGGCGGCGGGCGGCGAGGCGACGCCCAACGAGGUCACCUUCAUCGCCGCCCUGGCGGCGUGCAGCCACUCCGGCCUUGUCGACCGCGGGCUGGAGCUCUUCCAUGGCAUGGAGAGGGACCACGGGGUCAAGCCGACGCCGGACCUCCACGCCUGCGUCGUCGACGUGCUCGGCCGGGCGGGGAGGCUCGACGAGGCGUACAGCAUCAUCACCUCCAUGGAGCCGGGAGAGCAGCAGGUGUCGGCGUGGAGCAGCCUGCUGGGCGCGUGCAGGCUGCACCGGAACGUGGAGCUCGGCGAGGUCGCCGCCGAGCGGCUGUUCGAGCUGGAGCCCGGCGAGGCGAGCCACUACGUGCUCCUCUGCAACAUCUACUCCGCGGCCGGAAUGUGGGACAAGUCGGUGGCGGUGCGGGCCAGGAUGCGGCGGCAGGGCGUGGCCAAGGAGCCCGGGUGCAGCUGGAUCGAGCUCGACGGCGCCAUCCACCGGUUCAUGGCGGGCGAGUCGUCGCACCCGGCGAGCGCCGAGGUGCACGAGCACAUGGACGCGCUCUGGGAGCGGAUGCGGCGCGAGGGGUACGCGCCGGACACGUCGUGCGUGCUCCACGACGUCGACGAGGACGAGAAGGCGGCCAUGCUCCGGUACCACAGCGAGAAGCUCGCCAUCGCCUUCGGGCUGCUGAGGGCGCCGCCGGGGGCCGCCAUCAGGGUGGCCAAGAACCUGAGGGUGUGCAACGACUGCCAUGAGGCCGCCAAGUUCAUGUCCAGGAUGGUUGGGCGGGAGAUUGUGCUCAGGGAUGUGAGGAGGUUCCACCAUUUCCGGGACGGCUCCUGCUCAUGUGGAGACUAUUGGUAGAAGAAGACACUGGAAUUUUGUAUCUACCAGUACAAUGUCCACUUGACAAAAUCAAAGGAAAUAUUCUUUACUUAGAAUAUUCUUUAUGAAGUGAAAUACUCCAUCCCAAGACAAAAACAUACUUUGUUUUCGGCUAUGAAAUUCUAGCAAAUUCAUUCCAACGUA